AUGAUAAUGGCCUCUAAUUUGUUGGGAGAGUCCACGCAAGAAGAUGGCUGGGUCGUUUGCCGUGUUUUCAGAAAGAAAAAUUAUCACAGGUCCUUAGAGAGUCCCCAAAGCUCAUCGAUGAUCUCUAGAGAUUCAAGAACGCAGCUGCACAACUCGAGCAACGAUUGUGUCCUCGAUCGUAUCAUUCAUUACAUGGGAAAGUCUUGCACACAGCCACAUGAAACAGCCAGCAAUAUGAAUAGUGACAACAACAUUCAUCACUUUGCAAAUCCAAUCAACACAGCCAUCAGCGAUGGAGUUAACCCUAGAUUUUUGCAUCUUCCACGACUUGAGAGUCCGACCAUUCCAUCACUUCCCUACAACAACUCACACUUCAAUCAGGAUGGCAGUAACGCCUGUGGGCAUUCAGUCGACGAUAUGCUCGAAGAGACUGAACCCUCCUACACCAUCCAGGGCAAUGAUUCCAACAUGGACAUGGUUGAUGACCCUAAGGAUGGGUUGAGUAACUGGGCACUUGACCAUCUGGUGGCCUCACAGCUCAAUGGUGAAGUGGAGACAUCAAAGCAACAGUCCCUCUAUGGUGACCCCAACGAGGACUUCUGUAUUACUCUUGAUCAUUAUGUACAAUCACCACACCCACGUCUCAAUAGACCACAACAAGUCUCCCAAAUCUAUAGCAGCGAGAUAGAUCUGUGGAGUUUUGCUCGAUCAUCGUCGUCAUCAUCGUCUGACCCCUUGUUCCACUUGUCGGUAUAA